AUGGGUCGGAUUCCAUGCUGUGAGAAGGACAAUGUGAAAAGGGGGCAGUGGACACCUGAAGAAGAUAACAAGCUAUCUUCCUACAUUGCCCAACAUGGCACUCGUAAUUGGCGGCUCAUCCCCAAGAAUGCCGGUCUACAAAGAUGUGGGAAGAGCUGCAGGCUGCGGUGGACGAACUACCUCCGCCCUGACCUUAAGCAUGGCCAGUUCUCAGACGCAGAAGAGCAAACGAUUGUCAAACUUCACUCUGUUGUUGGUAACCGAUGGUCGAUAAUUGCAGCACAACUGCCUGGUCGCACCGACAAUGAUGUGAAAAACCAUUGGAACACCAAGCUGAAGAAGAAGCUAUCGGGCAUGGGGAUAGACCCCGUCACCCACAAACCCUUUUCCCAUCUCAUGGCCGAGAUUGCAACCACACUGGCACCGCCACAGGUGGCUCACCUUGCAGAAGCAGCACUUGGCUGCUUCAAGGAUGAAAUGCUCCACCUCCUCACGAAGAGGCGCAUUGACUUCCAGUUCCAACAUUCUAAUGCAACACCAGGGAACAGCACAGCCACUUACAUUAACAGUAAGCAGGAAGAAAAAGAUGACACUAUUGAGAAGAUCAAGAUUGGUUUAUCCAGGGCUAUGCAAGAACCAGAUAUGUUAACCUCAAACAAACCUUGGGACCCUACGGGAGCAACAUCUGCAAACUUUACAGGGAACUGCAGUGCUUUUCCCUUGCCCAUGUCCGGAUUUCAGUAUGGCCCUUCGACUUUUGGGAAUGAAGGGGAUGGAUCACCGUGGAGCCAGAGUAUGUGUACUGGAAGCACAUGCACAGGGGCAGACCAGCAGGGCCAGUUGCAUGACAAACUAGGGGAACAAAAUGGAGAGGAAUCCGAGGGUGGAAAAGAGUUGAGAAAUGGAUCCAACAUAUUCAACUCGGAUAGCAUCUUGUGGGAUUUACCAUCUGAUGAUCUAAUGAAUCCAAUGGUCUAA